AUGUACUUGUUGUCAGCAUGGAUUAUUUUCUCCUCUGCACCACUCCUGUUGUCUACGCUCUGGGGAGCAGAGGCCCAGCAGGCCUUUCGGACCGAGCCCAGGAACCUCACUGUGCGAAUGGGAGCCACAGCUGUGUUAAGGUGUGAGGUGCUGCGGGCUUCGGGGGCUGUACAGUGGGUGAAAGAUGGACUCCUUCUGGGACCCCAGAGAAGUCUGCCAGGUUUUCCUCGUUACAGCAUGAUUGGAAACCCUAAGAAAGGACAAUACCAUCUUCAGAUUGAAAGGGCCGAACUGGAAGACGACGCCCCCUAUGAAUGCCAAGCGGGCCAGUCUGAGAGCAGUCGCGCAAUCAUUUCCAGUGAAGUCUGGAUCAAUGUGCAGAUUCCCCCUUCUAAGCCUUACUUUGAAGUGGACAUGACAGAGCCGUGGGUGGCAGGGAAGAAGUACACAGUCACCUGCAUUGCUCCUGACGCAAAACCCAAGGCUGAAGUUGUACUUUAUAAAGAUGGAGUCGAGCUGACAGGUGCAGAGUCUUUCACCAUGUCUGGCUCAAAGGAUAAGCUCCUGAACACGCAUACUGAAGUAACGGUCACAGCUUUGAUUUCUGACAACGGGAGGCAGUUGGCCUGUCAUGCCAAGAGCCCUGCCCUUGCCCAGGCUCUGAAGACCACAGCAACUAUGAGAGUGUACUUCCCACCUCAGCCUCCAUUUAUUGAGGGUCUUGAGAGAGAUGAAGUCAAAGCCGGGAGAAUGCUCACGUUGGUGUGUGUCUCUCAAGGUGGGAACCCCCUCGCCACCCUUCACUGGACCAAGAAUGGGGAAGUUCUUUCCACCAGUUGGGAUGAAGACAUUGAGGCGCGGCGGUCCAGGAGUGUCCUCUACCUGCAUGUCACUCGAGAGGACAACCAGGCUGUGCUGUGCUGUGAGAGUGUCAAUCUGGUGUCCCUUGCCCCUCUGUCCCUCAGCCGCAAAAUCACUGUGCUCUUUGAACCAUCAGAGGUGGUUGUACUGGGUUCUUUCAGGGCCAUUGAAGGAAAGGAGUUGAACCUGUGCUGCUACACCACGUCUAGUAACCCCCCUGUCCAGAUUCGCUGGUGGCUGGGCUUCAGGGAGCUCAACACCACUGUUGUCACCAUGGCAGAGGGAGACAAUGGUGGGAUGACAACCAUGUCCAACAUGACCCACCGGGUCUCACGGGAGGAGAAUGGGCUGCCGCUCACGUGUGAGGCCUUCAACAAGGGCACACGCUUCUCCAAGACUCAGACCACCAACCUCAACAUCUACUACCCUCCUCUGAAGGUAUGGCUUGAAGUUCCUCCUCCAGGGGUUCCACUUCGCUCAGGGAGCAAAGUCCACCUUGUGUGCUUCUCAAGUGGAGGAAAUCCCACUGGGACACUCACCUGGCUCAAGGAUGGAAAGACAGUUCCAGAAGCGCUGAGGCAGGUGCCUUUUGAUAAGGGUGUUUCUCGAGAACUAGUCCUGAUCUUGAAGCCCAGUGACAACAUGGCUACCUACCGCUGUGAUGCCAGGAAUGAAGCAAGGAAGGUUCUCUCUGCUCAGACCAAGCUCAUGGUUCACUUUCCAGCAGUGAGCUUGAAGAUCAUAUCCAACCAGAGGGAGCUUCAUCGGGGCCAGACCAUCAGUCUGGAGUGCGUGUCUGGAAGCAGUAACCCUAAGGCCAACAUCUCCUGGAGUCUGGGUCCAUUCAGGCUCAAAGGGGUGGAUCAGGCACCCAGGAGGGCAGAGUUUGGUGGUGUGUCGGUUCGCAGUACGCUGUCCCUGACUCUGGCAUCACAGCACAACAAUCAGAGGGUCAUUUGCCAGGCCUACAGCUCUCUUCUGGCUGAGGGGGCCAACACCUUCUAUGAGCUCAAUGUGUUGUACCCACCAGAGUUUAGCCCAGAGCAGCCAAAGCAGGUCCAGGUGGUGGAGGAUGACAUGGCAACCAUCCCGCUGUUGGUCUCAGCUAACCCAGCAGAGGUCUCCUGCAUUUGGCUGCACCGCAGGGAGAAGCUGGUCAAAGAGAGGGAUCCACGCUACCACUGGAUAGAGGACUCCUCACUGGAGAUCAUGAAUGUAACAAGGAAAGACGCCGGCAUUUACACUGUGCAAUGCUCAAAUGACGAGGGCACCAACCACACCUCUGUCAGUCUGGACAUCCUGUAUGCUCCUAGUGUGAAGGCUGCGAAAGACCCUGUGCAUGUGAACUUGGGAGAAACAGCAGACCUGAUAUGUGUGGCAGACGCUAACCCCAUUACAUCUGGCAUGUUCACCUGGAAGUGGCUGGGGGAAGCGAACAUGGAGAAGGGUGAGGAGGUGCAAGAUGAAGAAUCAGGCCUACUGACCAUCCAUAAAGUGACUCGGGCUGAUGCUGGGCGUUACCAGUGUACAGUCAAUAAUGGUAUAGCACCCUCAGCCAGUGUGGAUGUGCGGCUGGUUGUGCACUUCAAGCCAGAACUUCAGAAGGGAGCCCAGUGGAGGAAGGUGGCAAGCAGAGGGGACGGCACCAGCUCAGCAGAGGUACUGUGUCAGGCAGAGGGCGUCCCUCGUGUUGAUUUCUCCUGGGCAAAAAACGGCCUGCCCAUUGACUUUGCAAAUCCUAGGUAUGAGGAGCGGACUGUGAGGGAGGGCUACUUCCACACGAGCACAGUCACAGUGGUGAAUGUGAGCGCAGCAAUGGACUACGCUGUCUUUACCUGCACGGCUCGCAACUCCCUUGGGGAAGACACUGUAGACAUCCAGCUCGUCAGCACAAAUCACCCAGAUCCUCCCUCAUCAUUUCGUCAGGUCAGUGUUGGUCAUGACUCGGUCACCCUGGAGUGGCUGCCUGGCUUUGACGGCGGUUUGCAGCAGCAGUUCCGUAUAAGAUACCGCUGGGCCCGGUCAGACAGUUUCCUGUAUGUAGACGUGUUCCCUCCCAGAGCGACUAGCUUCACUGUCACUGGUCUGUCCCCUGUCACCACCUACAACUUCUCUGUCAACGCCCUCAAUGCAAUGGGAGAGAGUGGCUACGCUGACAAUAACGCAGUACUGACCAUCACCACUGAGGAAAGGCCAGAGCCGGAGGAGGUCCCACCAGAUGAUGAUUCAGCCUCACAAAGUGCAACAGGACUGCCGACCUAUUUGAUAAUACUGCUCACAGCGAUAUUUGGGGUCCUGCUGGCGCUGAAUUCAUUGGGUUGGUUUCUGGGAUUGAAGAGGAAAAGGAGGUGGGGCCAGACAGGGGGUAGAGAGAGCAGUGUGUUGGAUGGAAAGAAGAAUGAAGAGGAGGGGUCCAGUCAAUCCACUGUAAGCAACUCCAAUAGGUAUGAGAGCAGAGAGAAGGUCAACGCCGCAGCCCAGCGCACCCUCCUAAUCGACUCUGGAUCUGAAACAGACAGCAACAUCUAUGAGAGAUACGCUGGGGAAAGUUCCCAUUACUAUUACCCCACUAGUGACUACUGGCCCCCUCUGCAUCCACUUACUGAGGAAACUCACAGGCUUGAUGUCACCCGCUACCCAGUGGAAUCUCAAGGCCACGUGUAUGAGGAUGUAACAGACUGUGAUCUAUACCAGGAUGUACUGGCCUCCUCUCUGCCUUCCCCUCCUUCCUUGUUUGACAGCAGAUUGCCACAGCGAAAGAGUGACUGGAGAUCACCUGCUUACCCUGAGGGAAGUGGGAGAGUGAAGGAGUCCAUGGCUGAUCGACUACCACAGAGAGAUUAUGAUCUGCCUUUUGAACUUCGAGGCGAGUUGGUGUAG